AUGGCUAGCACAUCAGUUCAACUUACAGCCCCCAAUGGCCACACUUGGACUCAGCCCACCGGGUUGUUCAUCAACAACCAGUGGGUCAAGAGCUCGAAUGGCGAGAAGAUCGCCACCAUCAACCCAGCAACCGCAAAGGAAAUCACAUCUAUCCACGCAGCCUCCACCCAAGAUGUCGACAAGGCUGUCAAGGCUGCUCGAGCUGCUCUGAACAACCCUUGCUGGAGAGACCUGCCCGGAAUUGACCGCGGCAAGUUGAUGAACCGCCUCGCUCAGCUUAUCGAGGACAACCGCCAGACCCUUGCGACCAUCGAAACCAUUGACAAUGGAAAGCCCUACUCCGUUUCAUUCAACGAUGAUCUGACCGAAACCGCUGAGACAAUUCGUUACUACGCCGGAUUCGCGGACAAGAUCUUCGGUCAAGUCAUCGACACCACACCAGAGAAGUUCGCCUACACUGUGCGCGAGCCAGUGGGCGUCUGUGGACAGAUCAUUCCAUGGAACUUCCCUCUCGCAAUGGCUGCCUGGAAACUUGGACCUGCUCUCGCAUGUGGUAACACAAUCGUCCUCAAACCUGCUGAACAGACCCCGCUUUCAAUUCUUUUCCUUGCAAAUCUACUUGUGGAAGCUGGAUUCCCGCCCGGUGUGGUGAACAUUGUCAAUGGCCACGGUGCUGUUGCAGGUGCUGCGCUGGCCUCCCACAUGGACGUUGACAAGAUCGCGUUCACCGGAAGCACGGCAACAGCCAAGCAAAUCAUGAAAAUGGCUAGUGUGAACUUGAAGAACAUCACGCUGGAAACAGGUGGUAAGAGCCCUCUGAUCGUUUUCAACGACGCAGAUCUCGAGCAGGCCGUUGAAUGGGCCCAUAUUGGUAUCAUGUACAAUCAAGGCCAAAUUUGUACAGCAACUUCACGAAUCUUGGUCCAGGAUGAGAUCUACGAUAAAUUCCUCGAGGCUUUCAAGGCCCAGGUGAAGAAUGUCUCCAAGGUCGGCGAUCCAUUUGAAGAGUCAACCUUCCAGGGCCCACAGGUUACGCAGGCUCAGUACGAUCGGAUCAUGUCUUAUAUCGAUGUCGGCAAGUCCGAAAAGGCAACUCUUGUUUCCGGAGGAAAGCCGGCGAAUGUUGGCAACGGAAAGGGCUUCUUUGUCGAGCCUACAGUCUUCACGGACGUUGAUCCCAAGAUGCGCAUUUACCAGGAGGAAGUAUUCGGGCCUUUCGUGGUCAUUGCACGGUUCAGUGAUGAACAGCAGGCUAUUGAUAUGGCUAAUGACUCUACUUAUGGACUUGGAAGUGCGCUUUUCACUACGAACCUUACACGUGCGCACCGGGUUGCCAAGAGGAUCGAAGCCGGUAUGGUUUGGAUCAACUCAAGCAAUGAUAGCGAUUGGCGCAUUCCGUUCGGCGGUGUCAAGCAGUCUGGUAUUGGUCGCGAGCUUGGUGAGGCAGGUCUUGCUGCGUAUUCCAACACCAAGGCUAUUCAUGUGAACAUGAAGUCUAAACUUUGA